GGGCACAUCCAUAGAUAUAAAUCCUUUGCCACCGCCGCCGCUCCUCUUCAUUCGCAGUGGUGGUGCUUUCCGUCUCCAAAGUUUUCCCGCGUCUACGCUUUCUACAUCUACACUUUCAACAAUUGCACAUUUACAUAAACGUGUAUUUCAGUUGCAUACAUUUUGGCAAGAGUUUGGUUCAUGUUUGCUGUACUAGCCAAUGUUUUACCUGUAGCCGUAGGUGGACAUUGGCAUAGGUGCCAAAUUGUUUUCGUUUUUAUCAGUAAAACUGUGACAUUUUGCUUCAAAUUAUGACUUUCUUUAGUCCAAAUAUUAGUAAUAUAAGUUUGGAAACGGAAUUGGCAGAGAAUUUGCCCCGGGAUGAGCGCUUGGCUCGAGUUGAAAUAGCCCUUUUAAGCAUAAUAUUUUUCAGUGGAGCAAUCUUAAAUUUUGGACUGCUAUUUGUGCUGUGGAAGCGGAGGAAGCAGCUCUCGAGGAUGCGCGUCUUUGUUUUUCACCUUUGCCUGGCAGACCUGGUUGUCACAUUUUUCCAAGUUUGUCCGCAGCUGAUGUGGGAUGUAACGGACAGAUUCUUCGGUCCUGACGUUUUGUGCCGCCUGGUGAAAUAUCUGCAGGUCGUUGGCAUGUUUGCCUCCACUUACAUGAUUGUAGUGAUGACCAUUGAUCGCUACCAAGCAAUCUGUAACCCAAUGGUUACUUUCCAGAGGCGGAGAGCGCGCUGGAACUUGCCUGUGUGCGUUGCUUGGUCUGUAUCCCUCAUCGGGAGUCUCCCUCAAGUGUUCAUCUUCUCCCGAGUUCAAAUCGCGCCUGGUGUCUAUGACUGCUGGGCUGACUUCAUCAAACCGUGGGGGCUAAAAGCUUACGUGACCUGGACCACUCUAGUGAUAUUUGUCUUGCCCAUCUUAACUGUUAUCGUGUGCCAGGUGCGUAUUUGCCGAGCUGUUCAAAUCAACUUUCACAUGAAAACUCAUCAAGUAUCGACAUUUCUCGCCAAGCCGCUGCCCUCCAGGGCAAGUAGCGUUGCUGGGGUGUCCAAAGCCAGGAUCAAGACCGUGAAGAUGACUUUGGUCAUUGUUCUUGCCUACAUUAUCUGUUGGACUCCUUUCUUCACUGCCCAGCUGUGGUCCGUCUGGGAUGUCCAAGCACCCACUGAGACUGCAACUUUCACCAUCCUGAUGCUCCUGGCGAGUCUGAACAGCUGUGCAAACCCCUGCAUCUACCUGCUCUUCAGUGGGAAGCGCCCCAAGAUACGUAUGGCUUUGGUGUGUGUUAGCCAGUCGGACAUGAAUGACUCCAUACAAGAGGACGCCACUGUGGUUAGCUCGCGGUACAGUUCCAAGAGCCUUUCUAACUCCAGAUGA